GGAGGUGGAUGAGAGGGUGGGUGGAGCUGCCCCUGUCCUCCGUCGCUAUAAAUACCGUCGGUGGAAGUUUGAGUGUUUCAACUGGAGAGACGCUGGCAGCACGCGCACACCGUUCCUAUUCUCGGACAUAUGCCUGGAUCACACUGCACACAGGAUAUUCCGAACAAUAUCAGCGCCUCCACCAGUUCGCAGUUGCCUACCAUUACUGAGCUUCAACCAUUGAUGGCGCACCCUGACCUGCCCUCUGAGCAUGGGGGCUCCCAGGAGAAUGCGAAGGAGGACCAAGUGCAGCCGGCUGGACCAACAAGCCUGCAGAGGGCCAAAGCCCGCUUCCUCAAGGGAGUGUCUUACUUCUCUGGAGACAUGGAGGUGUUUGCCAAAUGGAUGGAAAACCAGUUCUUCUUGCUGCAGCUCCUGGACUGGGUUUUGCGCGGGGCCGCACAGGUGAUGUUUGUCAACAACCCUCUGAGUGGCCUCAUCAUUUUCGCCGGCCUCAUCCUGCAGAACUACUGGUGGGCCCUCAACGGCUUUGUGGGCACGCUCUUCGCAACUAUUUCCGCUCUCAUUCUCAAACAGAACAGGGGUGCAAUAGCUGCAGGGCUUUAUGGUUACAACGGCAUCCUGGUGGGUCUGCUGAUGGCCGUGUUCUCCAAUGCAGGAAACUGGUACUGGUGGCUUCUGCUGCCGAACAUCUUCUUGUCCAUGAUGUGCCCGAUCGUGUCCAGUGCCCUGGGAUCGAUUAACAGUCGCUGGGAUCUGCCCGUGUUCACCCUGCCCUUCAACAUCCUGGUGUGUCUCCACAUGGUCGCCACCGGCCACUUCAACCACCACUUCCCCCAAGUUCUCAUUCAGCCACGCACAGAGUUCCCCAACAUCACCUGGUCGGAAAUCGAUGUCGCCAAGCUGUUCAUGUCGAUACCCGUGGGAAUAGGUCAGGUAUACGGCUGUGACAACCCUUGGACCGGUGGAAUCUUCAUCAUCUCCCUCUUCAUCUCCUCACCCAUCACCUGUAUUCACGCCGUCCUGGGAUCUACAGUGGGCAUGGUUUCAGGCCUGGCUCUAUCAGCUCCUUUUGGAGACAUUUACUUCGGCCUCUGGGGGUACAACUGUGUGUUGGCCUGCAUUGCCAUCGGGGGAAUGUUUUACGCCCUCACCUGGCAGGUGCACCUGCUUGCCAUCACAUGUGCUUUUUUCUGUGCAUACCUCGGCUCAGCUAUUGCCAACAUCAUGUCCAGGUUUGGUCUGCCAGCGUGCACCUGGCCUUUCUGUCUCUCUGCCCUCACUUUCCUCCUCCUAACCACGGGGUACAAGAGGAUCUUCAAGCUGCCGCUGGCCAAAGUCACCUACCCCGAGAAAAACCUGCGCUUCUACUGGAAACUGAAGAAGCAGGAGAAAAUGGAGAAGGCUGAGAAAGAGAGGAAGGGGAAGGAGGAGGAGCAGAAAGCCAUCGAGGACGAGAUGAUACUAAACGAGAAAGAGCAGCUGAGGAUACAGCUCGAAAGAAUUGAAGAGGGAAAUGGAGGAAAUGGGCCAUCAGAUGUGAUAAAUGACAACACAAAUUCUGAGGGCCUUACACUUGAAGUCGUUGAGCACGGCGGCGAAGAAGGGGAAAGAAACGGAGACGAUAAUUUAACCGAGGUCGAGCUUGCUGAUUAUGUUUAAUACUACAUUUCUGCAAAGAAAAGGAGAAAUUCAUUAGCAUGAGGACAUACAAAUGUCUGAAGAAUUGUAGCUGUAAAUAUUCUUCCAGAGUAAUUUUUUAUUUUGAUAUAAAUACUUAUACUUUUUUGUGUAUUUUUUUUUUUUUUUUACUGGAUGAUUCAUGACAGUUUGUGCUUUGUUCUGUAAAAAUAAAAAGUAUUUUUAAAAAUAUUUUUUAAAUAA